CAGUCGGUCAGCAUCUGAUCAGGACAGCAGAGCCGUUCCUCUUCAGAUCCAUCCAUCCAUCCAUCCAUCCAUCCAUCCAUCCAUCCAUCCAUCCAUCCAUCCAUCCAUCCAUCCAUCCAUCCAUCCAUCCAUCCAUCCAUCCAUCCAUCCAUCCAUCCAUCCGUCCAUCCAGAUGAGUGACCAUCCUCCUCCGUAUCGUCCGUUCUUCCCUGACGAUUCGUCUCCCUCCAUGUUUCCUCCAGCUUUUUACUCUCCGCCCACUGCCUUCCCCGGCUCCGCCUAUCAGACGUUCCCUCAGACCAUCGUCCAAUCAGGACCCGCUGCACCGCAGGGGGCCUCGGCGACGCCACCUGGUUACUAUGGCAACAAAUACCAGGGCUCCCAUCCGGCGAAGCCCACAGUUCUGCUGAUGGAUCCUCGGACCAAUCAGCAGCCGGGCGGCAUCGGGUCGUACCUGGCCGCCUGUUCUGCGGCUCUGUGCUGCUGCUGCCUGUGGGACCUGCUGCACCGCUGACCAUCAUCACCUCCAUCAUCAUCAUCCUCAGCGGUUCGGAGGGAAAUCCUGCUGUCUGAUUGGACGGCGAGCAGAAACAAACAUGGAGGUUGAUGAUGUCAUCUGAAAGCAUUUUCUAGCCGCUCUUUGCUGGCGUCUCUUUGAUGAUUAUUGAUCGUAUAUCAGAUUGGUCACAGCUGAUCUCUAAAGUGACUGAUAGGUAACUGUGUUGUAACUUUUUAACAGUUUUUCUCUGUUUUUUUGUU